UGAGAUUCGUGAUCGAGCUGAAUGGAGGUUAUAAUAGAGAACAAGCCGAUUGAAGCCGAUUCUCUAAGCCAAGAAAGAGAGAAAAAAAGACAAGCAAGAGAAGAGAGAGAAGAGAAAGAGAAAGAUGAUGAGAAAGCCAAAGUGGGAGGGAAUGAUAAAAGAAAGAAAAGAAAUUGUGAAAUUACCUUUACAUUUACUAUAUACGAGUAGAAGAGCUCAUGUUUUUCAGCAUUAACUCCGGGUAAAUUUGUUGAUUACUUUUCUCUUCUCAUCUUAUAUUUGAUUCCUUGUGCUCAACUGUAUAAUUGUUACAUAACUGUUAUUACCUUAAGAGACUCUUAACCAACUAUAAAUGAAUACCCUGAAAGUAAUUGUCUUAUUGAUCGAACUCUCAACUGUUUACAGUCUACGAUGUUAUACUUGUAAUUCAAUUGUUGAUCCAUAUUGCACCAAUCCCUUCAAUCCACCCGAUUUUGGACCUCUAGCAAUUAAAUAUACUGCUGAUUGUGAUGCGACAAUUAAAACGAUUGUUGAUAAAAACGAUUCAACCUCAAUUGGUGUUGACCGAGUUCCUGGUUUAGGUUAUGCUUCAAUCUGUCGGAAAACUGUUCAAAAAGUUGAUGGACAAGAGCGGGUUCAUCGUUCCUGUGGUUGGUACAAAGCGGCCUCGGAGACCCCCGGGUGCUAUCAGAAAACGGGCUCAAUGGGAAUCACUCAUCAAAUUUGUUCAUGUCGAUCCGAUUUCUGUAAUGGAUCAGUAGAUUUCCAGAUUAGUUUAAUCACCAUCUUAAUACCAACAAUUAUCCUGAUAAUUACAACAUUUAGCUUGAUUUAGUUAGCAUAAGAUAUUGAACAAUUUAAACGUUGAUUAAAUUACAUGUAAUUUUCAUUUAGCUUAACCAAUCAAUCCCAGAUUAUUGUAACUAGAAUUGAUAAUUGUCUAUUAAAUUACGAGAUUGGAUUAACAUGACGAGAAGACUAAAAAAAUUAAAGAUUAAUUUGAUUAAUUGUCAACGAACAAACAAAAGCCAAUGUAUUAACUGCCAAAUGAUUAAAUGAUAUUUAAUAUAACUUAUUGA